CGAAGCGAAGCCUAUAUAAUCACGCCGAUAUACCAAGAGUUAUCCAAGAAGGAACCCAUUUCCACUGCACUGUGCUCUUCAUUUGGAUUCUUAUUACAUAACUGACCAUGUCCCUUUGCAAUUGAUCACACACAAAUAUUUGCAAUUAAGGGUUUGGUAUCUCUUGUGAAACUCUACCUACACUUUGUUCAAUUUGGUACAUGUUGCAAGGUUUGAAUGAUGGGUUCCUUUGUUUCGAAAACCCUCUUGUUGACGUUUGGUUAUGCUUUGCCUGCUUAUGAAUGCUUCAAAACUGUAAACAAGAGUAAGCCAGAAGAGACUAAGCAACUAAUAUUCUGGUGCCAAUACUGGAUUGUUGUUGCUUUUCUUACGGUUGUGGAAGGAUUUGGGGAUACUUGUAUUUCAUGGCUACCAUUGUAUAGUGAAGCAAAAUUGGCAUUCUUUGUGUUUCUCUGGUACACUAAAACAGAGGAUAGUGUUCAUCUUUACAAUUCCUUCCUUCAGCCUUACAUUGUGAAACAUGAGAAAGAAAUCGAUCACAGUUUGUCAAUGCUGAAAUUCAAGGCUAUGGAGUUUGUUGGUUUUGCUUGGAAUAAAGCUGUCAUUUAUGGCCAAAAAGGAUUCACUGGUGUUCUAAACAAUGUAACUUCUCAGGUGCAUUUGGACAAGCAAGGUAGUACUAGUCCCUGAGAUGUACGUUACACUUAUGAAGCAGGUUUUGUAGUCUGAGCUUUUAGGACAGACUUGGCACAGUGUAUAUUUUAUUACUUAAGUUUUCAGAUAGACAAGGUCUUCAUUUUUUAAUUAUUUAGUUUCUUUUGUAGCAAGUUUUCAUUUGUAUCUCUAAAUUUAUUUCUUGA